AUGGCCAGCGGUAGGCCUCCCGGGUCGCAUUCAGCCGCUGGCCGCGAUGACGACCUGCUACUGGAUCCCGGCCCUAUGUACAACAGUGGCCAAGGCCCCCCAGUGAACGACGAACACCUGUUACAACAAUACAAUAUCGACGAUUCCGAACAACCGUAUAGCCAAACGCAACCACGCCCGUCUGUCUCGUACGAUAAUUUUGUUGGAUCUCGCGCGCCACAGGGUGCGAUGCAGCAUGAUGCUGCGUCUGGACCGGCUUAUCCGCCUGUUAACCCAGGCCUCCAUUUAAACGACCCCUACUCCAGCGGCCGGCGAGAUCGGAGCUUCUCCCAAAGCUCUGGAUUGGACAACUACCGGCGCUAUUCCGUGGACGAUUUUGAUGAUGGGCAUUCGGGUUAUUAUGAUCUUGACGCAGACGAAGACCGAAUCGCUAGUUCACACCAUGUCCGCAAAGCAAACGAGCGCAACAGCGUGCUCGGGCUGGGUGGCGGAUUAAUGGGCAGGGCGAAAUAUAUGUUUGGAAUGGGAUCGUCGCAGUAUUCGGAAAUGGACCUUCCAUUGACAGAGGGAGGAGGAGGCGCAAGAAGAGGGACGAUUGAUAGUACUUCUUCUCGAGCGCCACCUCCAAAGAAGAAGAAGUUGCACGCAUCUGAUUUCAAUAUCUUUGGACGACGCAAGGCUGAUCCCUCGACAAUGGGCCCGCGCAUGAUUCAGUUCAAUAAUCCACCCGCAAAUGCCGUCCAUAGGUUCGUCAGCAACCACGUAUCGACCGCCAAGUACAACGUCAUCACGUUUGUCCCUAAAUUCCUCUUCGAACAAUUCUCCAAAUACGCCAAUUUGUUCUUUUUGUUCACCGCUGUUCUGCAACAAAUUCCUGGUGUGUCCCCGACAAACAGGUUCACAACUAUUGUUCCGCUGGCCAUCGUGUUGGCGGUGUCGGCAAUUAAAGAAUUAGUGGAGGAUUACAAACGCAGAAUGUCAGAUAGAGGACUCAACUUCUCAAAAACCCAAGUACUCAAGGGAUCCUCCUUCCAUGACACAAAAUGGGUGGAUGUUGUGGUUGGUGAUAUCGUUCGGGUUGAGUCUGAGCAGCCUUUUCCGGCCGACUUGGUCCUACUUGCAUCAUCGGAGCCCGAGGGUCUAUGUUACAUUGAGACGGCAAACUUGGAUGGCGAGACCAAUCUCAAAAUCAAGCAAGCUAUCCCCGAGACUGCGCAUUUGGUCAGCCCCAGUGAUCUGAGUCGUCUGAGUGGACGGGUACGCUCAGAACAGCCAAACAGCAGCCUGUAUACUUACGAGGCCACCUUGACCAUGAACGCUGGAGGUGGCGAGAAAGAGUUGCCCUUGGCUCCGGAUCAAUUGUUGCUUCGUGGUGCAACUCUGCGCAACACUCCUUGGAUCCAUGGCAUUGUGGUUUUCAGUGGCCACGAGACGAAACUGAUGCGAAAUGCGACAGCGACCCCGAUUAAGAGGACAGCUGUUGAGCGAACAGUCAACAUCCAGAUCUUGAUGCUUGUCAGCAUUCUCAUUGUUCUGAGUGUCAUCAGUUCCGUGGGCGACCUUGCUAUUCGGAAAACUAGAGGUGACCAACUUGCAUACCUUGACUAUGGCGACGUCAAUACAGUCAAACAGUUUUUCAUGGACAUCUUCACUUAUUGGGUGUUGUAUUCGAACCUGGUUCCGAUCUCUCUCUUCGUCACCAUUGAAAUCGUCAAAUACUUCCAGGCCUUCCUCAUCAACUCCGAUCUCGACAUUUACUACGAUAAGACCGAUACUCCAGCUACAUGCCGCACAUCCUCUCUUGUAGAGGAGCUUGGGCAGAUCGAGUACAUUUUCUCCGACAAAACCGGUACGCUUACCUGCAACAUGAUGGAGUUCAAGCAAAUAAGCGUUGCCGGUAUCCAAUAUGGUGAUGAUGUUCCUGAAGAUCGACGUGCUACUAUGGAGGAUGGCGGCGAGGUUGGUAUUCAUGAUUUCAAUAAACUCAGAGAGAACCUUCAAUCGCAUCCGAGCCAGAAUGCCAUUCGCGAGCUGCUUACUCUCCUUGCCACAUGCCACACGGUCAUUCCCGAGCGAAAUAGCAGCGAUCCAAAUGUGAUCAAGUACCAAGCAGCAUCUCCUGACGAGGGUGCCUUGGUAGACGGAGCGGCAUCGCUGGGUUUCCGAUUCACCAACCGAAGACCAAGAUCAGUGUUGUUUGAGACUGGGGGACAGGAGCUUGAAUACGAACUGCUGGCAGUGUGCGAGUUCAACUCCACUAGAAAACGAAUGUCUACUAUCUUCCGGUGUCCCGAUGGAAAGAUCCGUAUCUACUGCAAGGGUGCUGACACGGUCAUUCUUGAGCGUCUGCACCCCGACAACCCUACCGUAGAAGCGACUCUCCAGCACCUGGAGGAGUAUGCUUCAGAUGGUCUGCGGACGUUGUGUCUAGCUAUGCGAGAAAUCCCAGAAAAUGAGUUCCAGCAAUGGUAUCAGAUCUUCGACAAGGCUGCGACCACUGUUGGAGGCAACCGUGCGGAUGAAUUGGACAAAGCAGCUGAAUUGAUUGAGAAGGACUUCUAUCUACUUGGCGCCACGGCUAUUGAGGAUCGCUUGCAGGAUGGUGUACCGGACACUAUCCAUACCCUCCAAACUGCAGGCAUCAAGAUUUGGGUUCUGACCGGUGACCGACAGGAGACUGCCAUCAACAUUGGCAUGUCCUGCAAGCUCAUCUCGGAGGAUAUGACGCUUCUCAUCAUCAACGAGGAGUCGGCACCUGCCACCCGUGACAGUUUACAAAAGAAGAUGGAUGCUGUAAUGAGUCAGAUGGCCUCCGGAGAUACUGAACCGUUAGCUUUGGUCAUUGAUGGACGCUCAUUGACCUUCGCUUUGGAGAAAGAUAUGGAGAAGCUGUUUUUGGAUCUUGCGGUUAUCUGCAAAGCUGUUUCGUGUUUCCCCCUUCAAAAGGCCUUGGUCGUCAAGCUUGUCAAGCGUCAUAAGAAGGCCCUCCUUCUGGCAAUCGGCGACGGUGCUAACGAUGUAUCCAUGAUCCAAGCCGCCCACGUCGGAGUUGGUAUCAGCGGUGUCGAAGGUCUUCAAGCCGCACGAUCUGCUGAUGUUGCAAUUGGCCAGUUCCGGUUCCUUCGAAAAUUGCUUCUGGUUCACGGAGCAUGGAGUUAUUCCCGCAUCAGUCGAGUGAUUCUUUACUCAUUCUACAAGAAUAUUACGCUUUACAUGACUCAAUUUUGGUAUUCUUUCCAAAACGCUUUCUCUGGACAGGUUAUUUACGAAUCUUGGACGCUCUCCUUCUACAACGUGCUCUUCACCGUCUUACCUCCAUUCGCUAUGGGAAUCUUUGACCAGUUCAUUUCUGCCCGGCUGUUGGAUCGCUACCCUCAGCUGUACCAGCUGGGCCAGAAAGGUGUCUUUUUCAAGAAACACAGCUUCUGGGCCUGGAUUCUGAACGGAUUUUUCCAUUCUCUCCUUCUUUACAUUGUUUCCGAGCUGAUCUACUACUGGGAUCUUCCAAUGGCUGAUGGUCAAGUCGCUGGACACUGGGUCUGGGGCGAAUCUCUGUACACCGCCGUGCUAGCCACUGUCCUCGGCAAAGCCGCUCUGAUCACCAACAUUUGGACCAAGUAUACCUUCAUCGCCAUCCCAGGAUCAAUGGCCCUAUGGUUGAUCUUCCUUCCGGCGUACGGUUACGCCGCGCCCGCCUUGGGAUUCUCAAAGGAAUACUACGGCACUAUUCCCGAGCUCUUCAAGUCCCCCAUAUUCUACCUGAUGGCCCUGGUCCUACCCUGCAUAUGCCUUCUACGUGAUUAUGCUUGGAAGUACGCCAAGCGCAUGUACUACCCCCAGCAUUACCACCACGUCCAGGAAAUUCAGAAAUACAAUGUUCAGGAUUAUCGACCACGUAUGGAGCAGUUCCAAAAGGCCAUCCGGAAGGUCCGCCAGGUUCAGCGCAUGCGCAAGCAGCGUGGCUACGCCUUCUCUCAGGCCGACGAUGGUGGUCAGAUGCGUGUUCUCAAUGCUUACGACACUACCCGGAGUCGUGGGCGGUAUGGUGAAAUGGCUAGCUCUCGGCCUAUGGCGUGA